AUGACUACGGAGCCCACCCUCCCCAUCCCGAUCUCGUAUAUCGCGGGUAACUACUAUCUUUUCUCUAUUGAUGCCGUUACGUAUUUGAGACGAGAGCAUCACAUCUGUGGUGUCCUGAUAGGCACUCUGCCGCAAAUCCCACAACAAAAUGUCUUCCUGGGAUUGCCGCUGGAGCUGAUGCCGGAGGAGGCGAGGCUGCUGGUGGAGAAAGGUGUAGCUUGCAUUGUAGACGAGGAUCGCAAGAAGUAUCUCCGUGAGCUAGAAUCCCAAGGCCUUCAAGCUAUGCGGCUGCAAGCCAGCCGGAAGGAGCAACAGAGAGAGAAAUCAUUAAAGAAAUUAGAAGAAAAGAAAGCAAAAGCUGCCAAAUCAAAGAAAUCCGAGGAUCCUGAACCCGCUUCUACUGUCGCUGAUGGGCCUAAGGAUGACCCAUUGGUAGACCUCUUCGCAGACAGUCAACCGUCAAGCCAUAGUCAAACUACUUCUCGACGUACCUCCACUACUGUCGCCCCCGAGAAUGCACUGGGCAUCACGCCAGCAACGGCUCGCUCCCUCGUCUUAUCCUUUGUUUGCUCAUCUCCAUGCCGAGGGUUAUUUCCUGUCCCCGGGUCUCGAUUUGGCUGCCAGUAUCUUGCCUAUCCGGGCGAUCCCUUACGAUUCCACUCUCAUUUCUUGGUUGUCUCUGCCGAAUGGGACGAAGAGCUCGAUUUGAUGGACAUUAUCGCCGGAGGUCGACUGGGCACGGGUGUAAAGAAGGCAUUUAUGAUUGGAGGUGCUGAGAAGAAGGAGAACACUGCCGAUGAAGAGAAUGUGAGAACUUUCAGCAUUGAGUGGGCAGGAAUGUGA